UGCUUGCUGAAGAAAUGCUAAAUCCGUAUCCAUCCAUCCAAGUUUCAACUUGUGCGCAAACCGGAACCUUCGAAGGGGGACGACAUUCACGGUAGGACACAAAGAUGGCAGACGUACCAGAUAACGCACCAGAACACUGCCCGGGUACAACAAGUGAGCAAGCAGGGAAGUCAUCGUCAUGUGCGGGCUGCCCCAACCAGAAAAUAUGUGCUUCUGGAGCUACCAAGACCCCCGACCCUGCCAUAGCGGAGAUCGGAGAGAAGCUGUCAACAGUCAAACACAAGAUCCUUGUGCUGUCUGGGAAAGGAGGAGUAGGGAAGAGUACCUUCAGCGCUCACCUGGCCCACGCCCUCGCAAGUGACAGCACGAAGGAGGUUGCCCUGCUGGAUGUAGAUAUCUGUGGUCCGUCUAUUCCGAGGAUCAUGGGCUUAGAGGGUGAACAGGUUCACCAGAGUGGCUCAGGCUGGUCUCCUGUGUAUGUGGACGACAAUCUGGCGGUCAUGUCUAUCGGCUUCCUGCUCAGCAGCCCCGAUGAUGCUGUGAUCUGGAGAGGCCCCAAGAAGAAUGGGAUGAUCAAGCAGUUUUUGAGGGAUGUAGAUUGGGGGGAUCUGGAUUACCUCAUCGUGGACACACCCCCUGGCACCUCUGAUGAACAUCUGUCAAUUGUCCAGUACCUUAGCUCCACCCACGUCGAUGGGGCCGUUAUCAUCACCACACCACAGGAGGUUUCACUGCAGGACGUGCGGAAGGAGAUCCGGUUCUGUCAGAAGGUCAAGCUGCCAAUCAUCGGCGUAGUGGAGAACAUGAGCGGCUUUGUUUGUCCAUCGUGCAAGAACACGUCACAGAUCUUCCCCCCCACCAGCGGGGGCGCUGAGCGAAUGUGUGCAGAUCUAGACCUCCCCCUGUUAGGAAAAGUACCUCUAGACCCAAGGAUAGCACGGAGCUGUGAUGAGGGCAAGUCUUUCCUCAACGAAGUACCUGACUCCCCUGCUGCCAAAGUCUACCAGAGCAUCGUGCAGAGUAUUCAGGACUACUGUUCCAACAGUGUGACAGAGGAGCAGAGCACCAGUUGAUCCCUCACUGAGGGUGGCCAUACUGGACCAGAACAAGAACAAGACCAGCCACCCCAUGAGAACGUGGUAGAAAUGAUUAACUACUGAAUAAGAGACUCACACAGGAGAGCAAAUAAGAGCAAUAAUGCAACAUUCACCAAAGUCUCACAGAAUGACCUCAGCAUCACUUUGUAUCAGUGAUCAGAGACAUGGUCUCCUUUGUGAUAAAGUGACUAUGUAAAAGUAAUUACAGCUUCACAACAACAAGUUCAAUUAUCUGCAUAAGCACUUGGAAUUUAACUUUGACAACAGUGGCUGUAUUUCAAAAAAUUUAACUUCAAACAGCCACUCUGGAGAUUCUCUGUAGUUAAUAUACUAUAAUUCAUAUGAGGCAGUUAUAAAUGUUUUUUUUUUUAUGUUAUUGUCUAAAAAUCCUUUUUAAAUGACCAAAAUAAACAAAGUGUUAUUAUAUUGUCUCUCAGUAUUUCAGUAUUUCACAGCCUCUAAGUGGCUGUAGGCAACAAGCCCAUCAAUUCAUUCUGACUAUGUAAAUCUACAGCAGCUGGGCAUUGUCGUUUUCUGGUCUGUGAGACUGUUGUGGAUUCUGUGAUGCAUCCUAAAAUAUUACAUUUACACUGGCUGUUCCUUUAGUUGAUGAACAGAGGUGAGAACUGUUCCUGAUGUGCUGCAGUAGGCAAAUUUGGGGAAGUCAGAUCUCUGAUCGUGUAGUACUUCAAGCUGUAGUGUCAAACAUUUAACCAUUUCAUUAACCAUUACCCAAGUUGUGUUUGUUGAUCCUCUGGCCCAGGUACACUGAAUCAAGUGUCAAGUUGUUUUUUCAUCGUCGCACAAACAUUGUUGGGACAGUGGCAGUGUAAUGUCUUCAUGUCGCUUAGGUUAAGAGUUACAAACAAAAAGAGCUGAAACAGGACAGUGGAUUAGAAUGUAAGAAAGUGCUGAAUUUAAUUUUUUGAAUGAUAAAGAAAAUUAUGAACACACAUUGUACAUGGUAUGUAAACAACAGCUCCUAAGUAUCAGUAGUGAGCAGGGAGAGGAAGUCACAUGAUGGUGUCGACAGUGGGAUUCAAAUGCUCGUUAAAAUAAAAAGCACAGCUGCAUCAUCGUUGUAUGAAGUUUGAUUCUGUUUUCUCAGUGAUUGUAAUCAUUCCACAUUUGAAAUGAGCGCACUGUAUCUGUAAAUGUUAACCUUUCAGGCCAGGUGCAUGGUUUGCUUUGUUUUGAGCACCCAUGUCCUGUGAAUGUAAAACAGAAUCCACAGUAGCAGAAGGUGAAAUGUAUCAACAUCUGACUAUUUUUCAUGUUCUUCUCCAAUCAGAUAUAGUUACAAAUUGAGUGUCUCAAUUUGAUCCAGCAUAACCUGGAGGGUAAUCACCUGUUUACAAUCAUUUGAUUACUAUUUUGUUAUAAACAGUUGUUUUGAACACAUGUUGUGUGUAAUAUUCUUGCUUUAACUGAUUUACAGUAAAAUAAAUGACCAAACAUGAAA